AUGGGUGAUGUUUCUUCCGGAACGAUCAACCCAAUCCGAGGGGCUGAUGGGGUACCCCCGGCAUCAGAGCCCGAUGUUUCGAGGCGAACUUCAACACCAGGAAACACAAAGGCUAGCCAGCUCGCUCAACCAGCACCAACACCCAUCAGCUACCCGUCAAGCCCCUCAGGAUUUCCGCCCCAUGGUCGAUAUGCGUCGCCCCAGUCUUCUAUGAACAUGGCCAACAUGGCUUAUGCUCUGCCUGGUCAUCAAUCGACUGGUUCGCCGUUCGAACAACAGCACCAUAUGCAUCACUACCCCGCCACCCACGCCCAGGGGAUGAUGUAUCCCAUGCAAUCAAUGGGACAUUUUCCUGGUCAACCCCCCCGGUGGUGCUGUCCCUUAUGGUGUUCCCUACACUCCAAACUUUCCUCCAUACGCCAUGCCUCAACUCCCGGGUACCACUCAACACGGAGGCCAUUACCCUCCGUUCGUCUCCAACCCAUCGAUGCAGAAUAUGGCUGGGCAUUCCCCUUCCUAUGGGCCGGCGUACCAUAUGGGCCCGGGGCGCUUCCUGUGCCUACUCCAAUGCGACAACCGCCUCGUCAGGGCUCGGCCUCAGGAUCUCGGGGAUCUUCUUCCACAAGUCCUUCGAAGCGGGAUGUGGAUAAGCAGACAGCCGAGGAAUAUGAUGUUUCGAAGACUAUCGUGGAUGGCUCUAACCCAAUGAAGUUGGCAGCGGGUUCGAACGCUUCUGACGCGACUCCCUUAGCAUACACAGCACCUUCGUCGACAAAUCCGCCCCGAGGGCCCCCGCGAAAGCCCAAGCAGUCCGGCCACGCACUCUGGGUUGGAAACCUACCGCCAGGCGCUAGUGUUAUAGAUCUCAAGGACCAUUUCUCGCAAGACGCCACGGACGAUAUUGAGAGUGUGUUUUUGAUCUCGAAGAGCAACUGCGCGUUCGUCAACUACAAAUCUGCUCCCGCUUGUCUCGAUGCAUUAGCGAGAUUCCAUGAUUCGCGCUUCCAUGGCGUACGUCUUGUUUGUCGGCUACGCAAAGGAUUUACAGCUCCCGGAUCUGGCUCUAUUGGCGUUGGUGGUCCGGGGUCACGUUUACAAAAUGAGGAGACUCCCGACCCUCCAAGCGGCGGUGAGGGUAUAGCUACAGAACCAGAGACAGGUCCAGGUCCCCUCCCUUCAACCCAGGAUGAUAAUGCUCGAUCUAUCGACCGAUAUUUCAUUGUGAAGAGUUUGACGGUGGACGAUCUUGAACUCAGCAAGCAGAGUGGUAUCUGGGCGACUCAGACUCAUAAUGAGAUCAGUCUGAACCAAGCCUUUGAAACCACCGAACAUGUCUACCUAAUCUUCUCCGCAAACAAAUCAGGCGAAUACUUCGGCUACGCCCGAAUGCUAUCACCAAUCAGCGACGACGAAGACCUAGCCCUACAAAUUCCCAUCCGACCAGAACCCACCCCAGGCACUACCCCAGCUCCGGAAGAACUAGAAAUGACCCUCACACCCGCGACAUCCAACGCGCCCAAGGGCCGUAUCAUCGACGAUUCAGCCCGCGGCACGAUCUUUUGGGAAGUCGAGUCCCUCGAAGACGAGACGGAUGACGCACGCAGCGAGCGCAGCGUUGAAGGACUCUCUCUCGAGGACGGCGAAGCGGAGGGACAAUCUUUUGGCAAACCCUUUCGUAUUCAGUGGUUAUCUACUGAACGGGUGCCAUUCCAUCGGACGCGGGGUUUGCGGAAUCCGUGGAAUGCGAAUCGAGAGGUUAAGAUUGCGCGGGAUGGGACCGAGAUCGAGCCGACUGUCGGCCGAAAACUCAUUCAGUUGUUCCACUUGCCCUCCGGCUCACAUUCUUGA